ACUUUUGACUUAAAUAUCUGUGAUUUAAUCUUGGUUCCUGUUCCUAUCACUCCCAUUAAUCCUGCAGCUCUAUGUGGUUCAAAUGAUAUGUUUGUAAAUAAAGGAUUUCAAUUAAUAUAUGAUCGAGAGCGGUUUUGUAUUUGUUUGUUACAAAAGUAAAAGCCACUUCGAAUAAAUCUUGAUUGUUGUGUUAUUGUUCUUCAGCUGGCAGAAUAUAUCGGAGUAAAGCUUUAAGAAAGGCUAUAUGGCGGCUAUAAGAAAGAAAUUAGUCAUCGUGGGUGAUGGAGCAUGCGGUAAAACAUGUCUUCUCAUUGUAUUUUCCAAGGAUCAGUUUCCUGAAGUCUAUGUACCUACUGUGUUUGAAAAUUACGUUGCUGAUAUUGAAGUAGACUUUAAACAGGUGGAACUUGCAUUAUGGGAUACUGCUGGUCAGGAAGAUUAUGAUAGACUUCGACCUCUUUCAUAUCCGGACACGGAUGUGAUCCUAAUGUGUUUCUCCAUAGAUAGCCCUGACAGUCUGGAGAACAUCAUGGAAAAGUGGUAUCCGGAGGUACGCCAUUUCUGUCCCAAUGUUCCGAUAGUUCUGGUUGGUAAUAAAAAGGAUUUGCGUCACGACCCAAAUACCAUCAAAGAGUUGGCUAAAAUGAAACAAGAGCCAGUUAAGCCAGAUGAGGGUCGAGCCAUGGCUGAAAAAAUCCAGGCAUUUGGAUAUCUGGAAUGCUCUGCCAAAACCAAAGAUGGUGUGAGGGAUGUGUUCGAGAUGGCUACUAAAGCUGCCCUUCAAGUAAAAAAGAAAAAGAAGAAGAAGUGUGUUAUUUUAUAAUUAAAACAACUCUAGCUGUUAACGUGCUCUAGUAUAACCAUGUUACUGGGUGAUUUUUUUUCAGUGACUGUUAUGGUUGAAGGCAAUUUUGGAAACUAUUUACAAUUUUUACUCUUUUUGUAAAUCAUUCCAAUAAAGUUCUAUCAAGGCAGUAUUACCCAAUACUUAAGCCUACAAAUUGAUGUAAGCUUUUAUUUAAAGUACUACUCUCUUACAUAUUUGUGUUGUAAACGCCUGCUGUCAGAUGCAAUGUCAAUGGUUGUCUCUUUUUUUUUAUUAUUAUGUAAUAAAACUUCAAAAUUUAUUUCCAUUUUUUUAAUAUUUUGCUACUUUAUUGCCUUAUUCUUGUGAGACAACUAAGUACUUGUAAAGAUUUCUUUGAUAAAUUUAUGAUUAAAGUUGCAUUAAAAUUUUAUGCUCACAAUGUUAAA